GUCAAAAGUUCCCGCCAGGGCAGGUAACUUUUGGAAACUCAAAGAAGUUAGAAUAUUGCUGACUGGUCUGUUGAUCAUGUAAAGUUACAUUAACUGAGAAAGAUGGUAGGAAGAAACAAAAGAACACAUACAGUAGCAAAGAAAGAAGUUGAGGCUGUUAGUGAAGAAGAGAUUGUAUGUAUUGAUGUACCUACCAAAAACAUCAGGAAAAGCAAAACAGUAAGAAAUUUCAAGGCAAAGAAAACAGAAAAGAAGUCUGCGGAAGAAGAAAAUGCAUUUGCUGGUUUUGAUGUAGAUGGAGUUUCAGCUGAAGAAAAAGAACAAAUCAAGGAAGCUAUACUUGCCUCUACAAAAGAGCGGGCAGAGCUGAAAUAUGCAGAUACUAACGGAGAUGAGGGUGGUUUAAACACCUUACAGAAACCUGAGUCACCUAACAGUAGUGUGGGAGAAUUGAGUACUGAUACAUCAAAAAUAGAAGAUUGUAGAUCUGAGAUUAACCCAAGUGCACAAGAGCUUGCCGUUCAAGAUGAUGAGGAUGAAACCCAGCCACCAUCUGACUCUGAUAUAGAGGAAAUUCAGUUGGGUCUCGAUCUAAAGCAGUCUACGUUAGAAGUAUCUCGCGAUGACAUCUUUGACACAGAUUCCACUUCUAAGGAGGACACAGACACAACAUUGAGAGAUGAUGACAUUUAUAAGAUUGAAAUAGAGGAUGUUGAAAAUGGUAAAAAGGCAUGUGAUGACACACACACAAGAAACAGAGAUCUGAAAAAAUCUGAGUUACCUGAAAAUGAAUGUAAGGAGGAAGGGGAUGUGAACAUGUCUGAUACAUUUACUGAGUCCAAAAUCACUCAACAGUUAAAUGAAUCUGGUGAUUCCCAGGGGUUUGAUCCAGAUAUGCAGAUGGAUGUGGAAAAAGACAGUCAGACAGAGUCCAGACUAAGGACAAGACGAUCGGUAUCCCAAGAAUCUUUGCAGCAGAAAGAUUUGCCGAAAGAUCAAGAAAAGAGCUCUUCACAAAAAUCUUUAUCACAGGGGAAUAUGGAUUCUGUGAAAAGCCUUCUUCGAUCAUCUGGAUCACAGAAAAACUCUGAGACAUCAGAAAAGCAAAGUUCAAGGUCAGAUAGCCAAGAUAUAGAGAUUCAGUGGGAACAUGUACCCUUGAUACGGCAUUAUAGAAGUACGAGGCCAGAGAUUGUCAAUAAUGAGCAAUAUUUUAGAACAAGUGAAACUGAAGAACUGGAGAAAUCAGCUUUGGCUAUAUACCAGCUUUUUGAAAUCUAUAGAACAAAGUUGCAUGUAGCACAAAGGAAGUUGCGAGAAAAGGUCACAUGGGCAGAACCUAUCAAAUCCGGACAACAUCAGAGUCGGACUAUUGAUGUUAAGAAGCGAGGGAAGGAGUCAAUUUAUGUGGACCUGUCAGAUGAGGAUGAAAGCAUUCAGGACAAAACUUUAGAAAGUGUAAGAGGAAGACUGCCAAGAAAUCCAAACAGUAAAAGUGAAAACAAUUCUGAUGAAUUACCUGAACUUGUCAUAGAAAGUGAGAAUAGUUGGGAAUCUUUUACACUAGGGAGGCUAGCAAGAAAGCCGCUGGGAACCAGAGUUAUUGACAAAGAGAUUAUGUCAGCUGAUACCCAGCCUUAUGACAUUGAUAAUAACGAUGAUGAGGAUUUUGUUAUUGAAGCAAAAACUAGAAGAGGAAGAGGAAGGCCAAGGGCAGGUACAAGUAAAGAUAUCCUCAAAGAAAAAGGAAAUGUUAAUGACAAAGAAAAUGUAGAGAGACCUACUAGAGGUCGACUUGGUAGAAGGUUAGGUUUGAAUGGUGGAAAAUCAGAGACAAAGGUUUUAGUUGAAGAUACACAGCAGGAAGAUCUGGAUCUACAAGAAGCAAUUAGGAGGUCGAAAUCUGACUCACAAAGAUCCAUUGAGGAAACACAGGACCAGGAUGAUGAUUUUGAUUGGCUUAAUGUUAACAAGAUUGGGGGCAAAGAAGAAUUUGAAAAUCAGAUGCAUAAAGCUAAACUUAAGGGGUAUUCUAUUCCAAAAGUUGGUCAAAAACACAGCAAAGGUCAUCAGAAAAUUGUAUACCCAGAAAAGAAGAAUGAAGAUGAAGAUGUCGCAAAGGAUUUGGAAGAUGAACAUAUCACAAAAACAAAGUCUAAUUGUCAUACAGAAGAAAUGACUGAAGAUAUAAAAGAAAGUAAGCCACCUACACGGGGUAGGAAAAGAAAAGCAAAAAGACAAGGUGUGACUUUGGUGGAAGACACUCAAGAUCUGGAUGCUGAAGAAUCUGGUCUGAAUAGAUUAAGAGGCAAAAAGAAACGUAAUUGUUUUAAGAUAGAUAGUGAAUCCGAAGGAGAAAGUAUUGCAGAGUCACAAGACAUAGAUGGAUCUCCAGACCAUGAUUUAGAUGAUAAGAAACAGUCCAAUAAAGGUUAUAGCAAUAGAGAUACAGAAAAGAAGAAAAAAAGUUUCAUGUCAUCUGUACUUGAUAAAGUUAAAAACUUUGUGUCACCUUCCAAAAAUCAACAAAUUGAGGAGAAUGAUAAUGAAGGCUCACAAUCACCUGUAAUUAGUAGAAAAAAGUUGUACAACUGUGCUUCCAAAAAAAUGUAUUCCAAACCUUGUGACAGAAAUGAUACUGAAUAUGAAACUGAUGCAUUUAAAGAGUAUAAAGCAAAGUCCGCUGAGAAGAAAUUUAAAAACGCAAAUACUUCUUCUACUAAUACAAGGAAAGGAAGAGUUCAGAUGCCUGCUACAGAAAAUUAUCUCGUUGAAGAAAAUGGAAUUCCAGAAGGGGUCAAAAGAUUUAUUAGUCGUCCUUCAAGCAAAGAUUCUAAUGCUUCAGAUAAUUUGUCUACCACCAGUAGUCAGAUGUCAACCAACAUUUUAGAUGAAAAGGGGGAUUUAUAUUCAACACAGUAUUGUGAAAUAAAGACUAGAAAAGGAAAGGAUUUAAGACCUAAGGGUCAUCCAAAACGGGAACUUAAAGAGGAAGUUGAGGAAAUUCUUCUGCUUGACGAUUCAGAUGAAGACAUUUCCGUUUUAAAUGAACCGAAGAAAACAUACAGUGUUAGAAAUUCAAAUAAAAAAUUUCCAGUUAUUAAAGGUGCUAGAGUUGUAGGGAAAACAAAUCAGCCAGUUACAAAAAAUGAAAAUAUCAGACAAUAUUUCAGUGAAGUCAAAAAACCUGAUGAUGAAGAUGUUACAAUUGAUUUAGAUCUAGAUGAAAAUGAGCCAGAACAAAGACAGAACGGUAGAAGAGAUAUUAAAGGAGAUAUAAAUGAUACUGAUGAUGUAGUAGAAGGUAAAUAUUUGGUUGAAACAUCAAGUGGUAAAAGUGGCAAUAUCAAGGAAAUUAAUCAAAGUUCUGUUAAAGCACAUACAAUAUCUGUUCCUGAUAUUGCAACAGAACAUGAAGUUGUAAAGGUGAAAGCUGAUAUUAAUCAUAUUCCUAUUAAAUUUGACAAAGAUGUAAGUCCAGAAUUGAAGAAUAAGCGAAACAUAUCCAAGGUUAAAGGGCAGCAUGGUGAAACAAAUACAUUACACCAUUUGGACAUUGAAUCGGAUAAUCCACCUGUAAUGUUAAAUGAUCUAAACUCGGCAAGAGGAGAUAGGAUACAUGGAUUAGAUCAGAAUAACAGAGGUGCUAGACCCAAAACCAGAAAUAUUGAAACUGAUACGGAUAUGUUUGAACCAAGACCUACAAACAGAAGGAGAAGAAAAGUUUCCGAGACUGUUACCAGUGCAGAUUUGGGAGAGGGAACAAGGGAGUCAACAAGGAACAGACAUGGGGACCAAGAUUUAGAAAAUUAUUUGGAAACUGGUAAUUUGAGAAAUGGCUCAAGAAAGAGGGCUGGAGAGCAUCAUAUGGAUGAAGAAGAUAACCAUGUUAAAAAGAAGAUGGAGAAAGUGGAGUGUCCUAUGUGUGGCAGAUCCUACCCUGCCAGUGUUAUACAGCAGCAUGCAGCAACCUGUGAAGGACAUGUAGAAAGUGAAGAGGACAAUGAUGGGAUGGAUGAGAAGGAAUAUUUAGCACAUAUGGCUCAGCACUACCCUCAUAUGUCCGAACAGGAACUGAUGGAGCACCUGUCAAAACGACACCAGCACCAAUUUGGUGGACAUGACCGGCACCACAGGAUGCAACACCAGUAUAUGUCUCCGGAGGAAAUAAAUGAGGACUUGUCGCAACAAGACCACUUGGAAGUACAUCAUCUGAAUCACAUGGAAGGAUUACAUGGUCACCAUGUUCAUCAUGGUCAUCUAGAAGGUUUACAUGGACAUGGUGAACAUCUACAUGAUACAGAUGAGAUGAUACACCAUGAUGAGCAUGUGAAAGACAUUGCCAAACAUAUAAGUUGUAGUCCUGGAGAAGAAGGGGAGGUAGAGGUAUGUUAUAUUUGUGAUGCACAAGUCCCGAAAGGAAAGCCUUAUGAGAUACAUUUGAAUAGAUGUCUGACGAUAGCUGCACAGCAGCAGGCAGAGGUGGACAAGAAGGGUUAUAAUCAAGUCUAUGCUGAGCCUGAGGUGGAGGAAGAGGUACAGGUUCGAAUCCUUCGUGGACGUCAAGUUACCAAUGAGGAGAGUAAUACACCAAGUAGGGCCAGUGUUUCUCGAGCAGGACGGGACGCUUCCCCUGUAGGUCGCAGGCGCCAGAAACGAGAACUUGGUCGUCAGAGUCCUUCCGGUCAAAGUGGACAUGAAGAUGAGAGAACUUCUGACAGAGGGAACCUGUCUGAUCCUGAAGAACUGGAAAAUCCUACUGGAGCAGUGAAGAGAUUAGUGAAAAGUGGAAACAGAAAUAAGGCAGCACUAAAUGAUGACGGGUACAAAUCAGAUCAGGUCCCGUUGCCAGAAACUGAAGAAGAUGAUGCAAGUAGCACAAGUGGGAGUAGCUGGGAAGGGAGCAGUUCAACAGAUUCCUCUGAUGACGAUAAUGUAACACUUGCAUCAGUUGUUAGGUCUGGUUCUAGUGCUUUAAUUACUGGACCAUGGAACAAAAUUAAGAAUCGGUCUAAUAAACAAGGUGUAAACCAGUCUGAAAAUUGUAACAGUAUGCCUGAUUGGGUGAGAGAGGGUAUUAACUCACCAAUUAAAUCGUUUGUUCCAAUAUCUCAGCAAGAGGAUUCAGAGUAUUUUCAAAAGCAGUUCAGUUACCAGAAAGACAGAGUGGAAAGUAGAAUGAAUAAAAGAAAAAGGGCAAAGACUGGCGGACAAAAAAGAAGAAGAAAGAGGCGAAAAGUCAAAAAGCCAAAAGUGAAAAAAUAAGACACUGCAAAAACUGAUGGAGAAGCAAAAUAAGACAUCAUUGUAGUUAUUUUAUGCAAAUGUUAAAAGUUCAUAUGUAAAUAUUGAUGCAGGAACACAAUUGUCCAGUUCAAAGCUUGCAAUUUAGUGGGUAAAGUAUUAUCUCUGGUAUCAACUUAAAGAUUAAAUAUAGUUGUUUUGGAUUUGAAUUUCAAUUGAUUUAAGCUUGACUUGUAAGAGAGUUUCUGU